UGAGCGCACACUUUCAAUCGAUCGAUUGCGCAGAGCAUUCGUGCUGCGCUUGCUGUUUCCGCGGGUUCGCGUGAGUUUUUUUGUGCUGUUGUUGAUGUUGUUGCUCGGUUCUUCCCUGAAGGAGAAGUUGGUCCUAGGCGCGCUGCUGCUGCAUCUUCAUCACAAAACACACACCACCACCACUGCUGCUCUGUGCGUGUGUUUGGUUUCGGUCGCGGUGUGUGUUGUGCUGUGCGUUUGGCAGUUGACAGGGCCGGACACGGCGGACAGUUCGAAUUGCGCCCUCCGUACGGACAAACGGAGCCACCGAAACGUGCAAACCCCAGGACAUACAAGCGUGGCAGUGCGUAGUGGUCGUACGAGCCGGGACUGCCUGCUUCUAAGGAAGCGGUUUGUGGUGUGUAGUAUAGACGUUGCGUUGGGCGUACUGCCCGGUAUACUAGUUCGAGUUCGAGUUUAUGUUUGUGCCAAAUUCUGAGAAAUUAAGCGUGCUUACCCUUUGGCGAGGAUACUACGCAUUUGUAAGACGCAUUCCUGAAGUAGACUACGGAAAAGCCCACUUUUAGAACGCAAUCCAAGAAAGGCAAAACCAAACCACGUUAAAAGGAUAACCAAAAACCAAACCAAACUGGACAUAGAGAGGCAAAUUCUCUUCGUGAUAAUCUCUUGCCGAAGAUCUCGCUCUCUGUUAGUUGAGCUCAUUUUCUAAGUGAACCAAUCUGCCGCGUGUUUGUGACCUGGAGAUCUACCGUAAAAGAGCGAAACCUCAACAUAGCGUGUGCAACUUGGCAGCCAUCAAGUUCCGUGUUCCAUCCAAAACGUCAAGUGUGUUGCUUAGUGACGGUGCACGCGAUCUGGUGUGUUUGCCAAAAGUUUCCUUCGUUUCGUCGCCUACUGCCAGUUCCUUCGCUUUGCUCCCGCUCCUCCAUCUCUAAGCACAACACCACCUACGCCAUCGGCGCCCAGUUUCAAGCUGCAAUACCUUAAGCGUGAUACUUUAAUGUGCCUUCUCUUCGAAUUGCUCUCGUUCGAAAUCUACCAAGAGCAGCACGUAAACUAACCUUCUAGAUAUCGUCUGAAUCUGUCAACACGGGCGCAAGCAUUUGACGUUGAAUUAGGCGGGCUGACAAGUGUUGUUUUGUGUUUCGUGAGUGAAUUCCCACAACCAAACUGAACAGGGCGGAGUAGUGUUUAAAACACACACACAAACACACCGAAUAAAGAAGCGAUUGCUGCAACGAUCAGUGAUUAAGAUGAGAUACUGUUUGAAACAACAGAAAAAAACCCUUUUGUAAGCCAAAAAACAAAGCACUACAUAUUCCUCGCCACCAUUCUCACGUGUUUGCUGUAAGUGUGUACGUGUGUCUCUGUUUGUGUGUGUGUGUGUAUGUUGGUUGUAUACUUGUGUACGUGUGUAUGAAGGGUUGCUUGCUCCCAUCAGGCAAGAGUGUGUAGCACGUUGUGUAACCUUCAGGUGUUUCUAAGGACUAUUGCGUGUGGGAUUUAUUCCGUUCGUCGUGUAUUAUCGUAGUGUGUGUUAGUGUGUUUUGUGUGAAAGAAACUAUUAAACUCAACGAAGAUCAGCAACGCACCCUUGGGCAGCCACUACGGAAGCCAGCAAAUCCUCUGCGACAUGAUUAUGGUAAGCCGGCAAUGAAAGCAUAACUCACGCACCUGACCUCUACCCCCGAGGACCCCAACCCAUCCCACCAGCCUCAACGAAAACCAUACCGUACCGCACGAACGCUUGAGUGACUCGUGCCGGCACGUAUCCUUCUGCGAAAACCCUUCAGCCCUCCAGCGCACUGCAACGCCCCGCCGAUCUGUUUUCCCCGGCGCGAAGCGGAAUCAAUACGAAACGAAACCAAAAGCGUGCGUACGCCACCGAAAAAAAAACCCGUACGCGGGGCAAAGGGUGCCGUAAAUCGUGACCGUGAGCGAGUCGAGAAACGGGGCAAGAAGAAGCAGGCAAAUUCAAACGAAACGAGCAAAGCGCCAAAACCCAAAAAACACACACAGCCCGCUCGUGUGCCAAGAGCUCGUCGAUAAUCACUGUAAUCGACGUGUGGAUUAAUGUGUCCAAAACGGGCAUAAAACACGUGCUUUCGGUUUCGCGUGACCUCGAACAAGUACGUUAGAGUAGGUAAUGAAAGUGUGAGCAAAACGCACAAUAAAUUCCACACUUACGGUACGAUUCGGUACGUUUUUGUGUUCUGUAUGGGAAAUUAAGCAACAAAAAAGCAAAAACCACGCAAAACAAAUUACCGAUAAGCUCGCCGGUUUGCUUAUUUGCUGCCGCUUCCUUCACAACAACGGCAGCAUAACAGCCGCCCGCCCGCAUAAACCGUUGCGCGGCCGUAACAGCCGCUCUUGGCUUGGCCGCCGCCCGGGAGCAUGACAUUUCGCUGCGUUCCUCCGUACGACGCUAGCGCACAAUGGACACUCACACCGUCCCUACAAUCACAGCUGGAGCGGCUCACUAGUCAUGGAGGCAUAGGGCUGUCGAGCGGAAGUCCUGCAUACUCGGCGCACACCGGCGGCCACACGGGGCGCAACGGCCCAGCGAGCGGACACAGCGGUAGCCACGGCGGUUCACACGGUCCCGGCCCGACCAUGCAUCACCAGACGCUCCAGUCCGACUUCCAGCCACCGUACUUCCCGCCACCGUUCCACCAUACCACCCAAAGCCCACCGCAGCAACAGAACCACGGUCUCGAUUAUUUAAGCACGGACCCGUACGGGCAGCCACUGUCCUCGCUACACCAUGCGCCCCUGCACCACUACAAUCAGCUGGCCGGGCUGAGACCGUCACAGGAGCAGCUCGGGCUACACCGAUCUCACCGCGAGUCCGAACUGCAGCAGCACGUGACGCAACUGUCGCACGGUUUCCCGUACUCGGACCGGCGCAGCGAUUACAGCGGCUCGAUCGGUUCCGGUGCCGGUGCAACCCGGCUCGGUGCCCACGAACACGAUCCGCUCGCACUGCACCAAGCGCUGCAGAGUGCCGUCGACGAUGGGCAGAAUCCGGUGAUAGACGAGAACGCGGGCUUUAUGAGUGAUCUGCCACUGCUGAAAAACUUCCCCAUCACCGACAUCAAAAAGGAUAGCAGCCAAAUCAAUCUCGGCUCGCCGAGCGACGUGUUCUGUUCCGUACCGGGGCGGCUCAGUCUGCUCUCGAGCACCUCCAAAUACAAAGUCACCGUCGCGGAAGUGCAGCGCCGACUAUCGCCACCCGAGUGUCUGAACGCGUCCCUGCUGGGCGGUGUCCUGAGACGAGCGAAGAGUAAAAACGGCGGACGAUUGCUGAGGGAAAAGCUGGAAAAGAUUGGCCUGAACCUGCCGGCCGGUCGGCGUAAGGCGGCGAACGUUACCCUGCUAACGUCGCUGGUGGAAGGGGAGGCCAUCCAUCUGGCGCGUGACUUUGGGUACGUGUGCGAGACCGAGUUCCCGGCCCGGCAGGUGGCGGAGUACCUAUCGCGCCAGUACUCGGAACCGCAGGAGUCGUACCGAAGGAAGGAGCUGCUGCUCAACACCAAGCAGGUCACGAAGGAGCUGAUGGAUCUGCUGAACCAAGAUCGAUCGCCGCUCUGCAAUACCAGACCCCAGCACAUACUCGAUCCCUCGAUACAGCGACAUCUGACGCACUUUUCGCUGAUCUCACACGGUUUCGGUUCGCCGGCCAUCGUUGCGGCACUGACGGCAAUUCAGAACUAUCUGAACGAAUCGAUCAAACAUCUGGACAAGAUGUACCCGGGCAACGGUGGCAGCAUGGUGACCUCCUCGCUAGACAAGAACAAAAUGGAGAGCGACAAGAAAUGACAGUUAUAAAAUUAUCUCUUCACUAAAAUUGAUCGCUUCUAGGGGAUUGCGAUCGUUUAGUGCUUCAUCGGUAAAUGGUGUGGGGAGUGAUUUUUAAAAACAAUGAAUCAGGAUCAGGAUCAUGCAAAACGGUGUGCCAAGUGGAGGGAAUAAAAACGGUUAAAGAGAAUAUGAAAAGACAGGCAAAAGAAAAGGGAGAAGAAAAGUAUUUUUUUCUUUCUUCGUUGUACAGUAUUCAAGAUUCGAGAAGUAUUAAACAUCAAUUAAAACAAAACAACACAAAAAGCAAACAGCAAAACUCGAGUUGUCAUAAGAAUAGGCAAAAAGGGCUAAACAUAAGAUAAACAAAAAAAAACGUGAGAAGAGAAGUGAAAAAAAUACAAUUGUGAUUACAGCAAAUGUAGAAACAAAACAAACAAAAACACCGAACGAGCACUUCGGGUGAGCAACAGCGGCGAAAAGCGGGCUAUAUCACACAUGUAAAGAGGCGCUGCAGAGCGCACUGUAGGAUAAUGCGUUAAGUUAGCUAACUUUAAAGAGCAAACGGUCACUUCAGCGACAUGUGGUGUGUCGUGACCAAUGUCGAUUGGUAUUAUUUUUAGUUGUUUUGUUUUUUUUUUCUUCCUGUUCUGUUUAAGCAUACAAUUCUAUCCCACCCUCGGGCCCGGGAGUUCCUUGGUUCUAGGGUUAUCCCAUCCUGCUACGCGCAUAGGUAGUACGAGAGGUAUAAGCAGUAGUAGUAUAAGUACGAACGAGUAUUAUGAAUUACAGCGGAAAAUUAAAGGGGGGGAUUUUGUGUUUCCCUUCUGUCGCUCCAAUCCUGUCACUUUGCUUUCCGUUUAUUAUCGUUAAUAGUGCUUGAUCUUCCUUGUGAUAAAGGUAUUAUUAUUUAAAUGUGUAUCUUUAAUAGCUCAAAGACAGUGGUAUUUCGAUUCGUAUAUGGCGCGCCAAACCCCAAAACCAGGAACGAAGCGUUACGAGUACACUUAAUUCAGCCAAAAUGGAGGCACCGGAGGGAAACCAUUCCUUUUCCUGCACAAAAACGUAAGAUCAUGCAAGGACGCCCAUAAACUUUCUUUCUAGUUUUGUCAUCUUAGCUCCUUGGCUCCUAGGCUCUGAUCAUUGAUAAAAUCCACGUGCCAAAAUUAACCACUUUCGGUUCCUACUACACGUUACUCUCUUCACCCUCGGUACACUGGACACAGCUUCCACGACCUAGUUGAUCGCCAUCGUACAGAAAGAGAGAUCACAUACAAAAUUCUUGUGCCAAAAUUCUCCCUAACUGCCGAUUCCAUUUCGAUGCAACAGACGUGUAUAAACAUCGGGAGAGACUUUUUUUUUGGGACAGCAAAACAGCAGGUCACGUGCCAUCGCUACCGAAGCGUUCCUUCGUGGGGCGGGGAGCCUACGACCGAGGAUCGCAAUACACUUGCCAUACGAGAACCUUUGGGUCCGACACACGCAACUACCACCGCCCAAGCAUGCCAAAACCCAGGGGUUUGCUGCCCGCUCAUAUAUAUAGUAUAUCUUCCAGAUUCUUUCCCUGCGCCUCCCCACAUUUCUUAGAAACGACUUAGAUAAAUAAUCAACCAAGAAAUCACACACACAAAAACACACACAAACACACUCUCGCGCGCACUUGCAGGAAGAUGGCGGCGGUACCGGAAACUAGCCACCUUGUAGUAGCUGUACAUUUUAACAAAGCGAACCAUCAUAUCACACAACAGGAAGGGUUAGGUUCGGAGUAUCUGUGUGUGCGUGUGUGUGCGUGUGUGUGUGUAUUUAAUCCUGUACAAAGACAAAUUAGGAAUCAUAUAGUUUACUCUCACUAUAGCUCACUAGCUGAAAUUCGCUGACACAGAAACCAGCAACACCCGGUUCUCGGUCUGUACAGAAACAUAUAUAUAGCAGGAGAGAUUAUGUUUGUAAAGGGUUAGGGCAAACGGAUCCUACACCAAGUGGAUGUAGGAAGUUUGUAUCGGAACACGGAGAACCGAUCCAGAAAAAAAAACAGAUAUUAAAGCAAAUUCUGCGAAUCGUUUCAAAGCGUCAUCCACUCACAUUCAUUCCACUUUUAUGGCGUAUUCCUUUUUGAGUAAGAUAUUUAACGCGAUCGCAAAACCAAACAUCCUUGCACCUGCAUAUAUCAGUAAAUAUAAAAGCAUAUAUAUAUAUAUAAAAAGACACAAACAUACAUGCGAACAAGAAAACAAAAACAUACGAAAACUGACACUUUUUGCACAAUCCCGAACAUUCCGCACCAAUGGCGUCUAACGGUGGACAGGAUCCUUGUUAUGUGCGUGUGCGUGUGUGUGUAUGUGUGAAACGCAAGAGUUUAACGAAGAAAACGGAUCAAACCGCCAACAAUCUGAUACCAAAAUGGGUUGAAUUUUGUGUAGCAAAACAUAACAAAUAAACAAACAAAACAAAUGGGAAAAGGUCAAAUCGACAAAACAAAUCAUUAACAAAUAGUAAGGAUGAAGCAGAAAGUAAUUGCACACGCACACGCACAUACUAGUUACGCUGCAAGGAGCUAAGGGAGCGAACACGGUAAAAGAGAACAAAACAAAUGUUUACGAAGUACAUUUCUGAACUAUUGAAAAUUUAAAUUAAAUAAAAUAUAUAUUUUAAACUCACUCACAA